AUGUAUCAUGACAGUACGCUUUCAAAUUGUGCUUCACAAUCCCCUCAACACUGGCAUGAAAAUCAUAGCACGAUCAGUCAUAGACAACCAUGGNAACUGGCCCAGAUAAUCGGCACAAAGCUGUGCCACACAACCUCGUACCACCCACAGUCCAAUGGCAUGGUGGAGAGGUUCCACAGGACCCUCAAAGCAGCCCUGCGCUGCUGCCCGCAGUCUUGGUUAGACUGCCUCCCGACUGUGCUCCUGGGACUCCGCACAGCAUACAAAGAGGACCUGCAAGCCUCUCCAGCGGAAAUGCUCCUCGGAUUCUCACCCAGAAUCCCAGGGGAGUUCUUCACCACCGAGUCAGUCCAGGCCAACCAGUCUACGUUCGCGCGGAGCUUGCGACAACUCCUCAGAGCCAUCAGACCAGUGCCUGCCUCGAAUCACUCAGCCCAGCACCCGUUCUGCUUCAAAGAUCUGUCAACCUGCUCGCAUGUCUUCAAGCGUGUCGACAGAAUCCGAAAGCCGCUGGAACCACCCUACACCGGCCCACAUCGCGUUAUUCGCCGUCUCGAUAAGCGCAACUACGUCCUCGACACCAACGGCAAAGAAGAGGUGGUGUCCACGGACACGCUCAAGCCGGCAUACAUGGAACAAGCUGACUCCUUCCUCGAGCAGCCCACAGCGCCAAGCACAGCUGCUCAGCCGUCACCGCAACCCCUGCCGCCUGCACCCAACACCGCAGCUCAGCCGGAAGCGCCCAGCGCCGCUGAUCAGCCGUCGCCGCAACCGACGUCCACCCCAACUAUCCAAGCCGCACAGUCUUCAGCAACUCGCCAUGUCUCGUUCCCGGCUCUUACGCCGGUCACUGGGGAGGGAGUAUAUGUGGCGUCUCAGCCACAGCGACCAGUUUCGUGCUCAAGACGAAAGCAGGCCAUCGUCCCAAGGAACAUCUUUUCCUGCGCACGCGCGAGCCAACUCACACACCCACCGCCGGUGCCCUACAGCUGA